GGAUUGAAAAAUGGCGGCAGUUCUAGGACGAACUGAAAUCGGAAUUAAAAAGACUGGAACAACUGUGUCAGUCCCUGAUAAUCCAAAGGCAAAACUGAUGUACUAUCUGAAUUGUAUGUGCUCCGUGUUAGACCUCAGUGGUACAGAUAACUUGACCAGGCUAAGAAAUUACAGACAAUACUCGUCACUGACUGAGGCGGAAACUGACGCCCUUGUAACACUCUGCUUUCUGUUGUCCCCAGAUGAGUUAUCUGGCAAAGUCAUUUUCCAGGAUGCCACUAUGUGUGGGGAUAGAAGUAAUGAAUUUUAUGAAAUCAGUGCCGUACGUAACAACUUACUGAUCUCUGAUUCUAUAAUUAUUGGUGGACAACGCAGAGCGGUUUCAAAAAUCAUGGCGUUCAAACAACAAUGGCUGAUCAACUAUUGGGUCAAUCCAAUGAAGCAUUUUGCUCCUCGACUUGCUCGAAUUGCUGGUGCUGCUGCCGCAGCAUCUAGUAAUACCCGGGCUGUUACCGGAAGUACACCUCCAAGACGCGCAAUCGCAUACAAAUCGUCCUCCGAGACUAUCAACAGAAGGAACAACAGUAACAGCGACGACUGCUGUUGCGUCAUCCUGUAAAACAUUCGCUUUUUUGUCGGACGCAUGUUCUGUAACGUGUAUAGCCAAUAUCAGCCUUACAUGUCACAAGUAUCUUAUUUUACAUUUAUUCUGUUCUACAUUAUACUUGUUGUGUGAUACAAAGUUUGAUAAUGCAGCCAUU